AUGGAUCAGACAGACACGACAGAUCUCCAAGAUGUCCUGGAGUUCGGGGAUCUCGAAGAUGUCCUGGAGUUCGGGGAUGUCACAGAUCUUCAAGAUGUCCUUGAGUCCAGGGAUGUGACAGAUCUCACAGUGACGGAUUUGGCCGAAGGGCAUACCUCCAGAGAAGCUGGUGUCUCAUGGUCAUCCGAAACCGAUAGCUGUGAUAGCGAGGUGGACAGGACCCUCAGCAUGACAGCGACAGUGAGCCUGAGCUUGAUCUUGAAGCCCGAACUCUUGCGUGGGACGCCUCUUUCUGUGGCUCUGAGUGGCUUUUGCAAAUAUUGGGCCGGAUUGAGCUCCGGACCAGGCAGAGCUGCCUUGUUCAACUUGAGUCGAGCUGUUCUGUCUAUUGACGUCUUCCUGAGCCAUGAUUGGGAGACGUCACGCUGGAUGAAGCUAUUAACUCUCGUGCUCUACUUCAACUCCCACGCUGCAGCCAUAGCAUCCUUGCUCUCAAGCCUUGUGAUCGGUGUCGCCAAGACACAACUGGGGAGCAGCAUUUGGCAACACGAUCUCUGGACCUUCUCCUGCUACCCUGUGUUUCUGGUCUUUCUUUUCUUCUGGCAGAGGAUCCGGAGCUGCUUUGCAUCACCUUGGAUGGUUUUCCUGGACAAACUCUGCAUCCAUCAAGAGAACGAUGAGCUGAAACUGCUGGGUAUCCUCGGUCUUGGAGCCUUUGUCCGCCGAUCCAACAAGCUUCUGGUUUUGUGGUCCAAAAGAACCUUCGGUCGCUUGUGGUGUGCCUAUGAGAUCGGAUGCUUUCUGAGCGGUCGGCCCCUGGAGCAGGAGCAGAUUGAAAUUCUUCCAGUCACGGUCGCUGCCAUCCUAUUUUUGAUUUCGGGUCUGUGGCAUGUGGUGAUUUUCAGCUUUAUCUGGUCGCUCUCCGCUUUUGAUGGAAACUCCAUGUCAAAUCUCGUCUUCUUGUGCGGCAUCUUCCUUCCGUGCGUCUGCCUUAUACUACCUCCUGUGAACUACUUGGGUCUAGGUCUGAUAGAUGAUUUGGACCAGCUACCCCAGCAAUUGAAGAGCUUUCAAAUACAAGCCUGUCAAUGUUUCUGUUGUAACAACAGUCACAAACAUCCAGAAACUGGUGCUGAGAUGAUCUGUGACCGUCAGCUGGUCUACGAGUCGCUGGCCUCCCUCUACACCAGGCAAAGUGAACAUGGAUCAGACCCAUUGGACUGUUUCAACAGGCGUGUCCGGGAGAAGUUGAGGCCUCGGAUUCUCCGCAAGCUGCGUCUCAACUUUGGCCUCAGAUACAUGGCGAGCUUAGUGUGGGUCAGCAACUUGCCCGAACUGUCCCUGAUCAUUUGGGACAUCAGCCGGGGCCCUGAGGUGCCAAUGUCCGGCUUGGACUAUGCCGCAUGGUGUGCACGGCUCCUCUUACACUGGGCGCACUUAUUCGUUCUGAUGGCUCUUUCCUUGACGUUCUCAAGGCAUUUGUGGAAGUUGCGGAAGCUCCCCUUCUUCCGAGCUCGCCGACUCCUGUGCUCGAUAUGUUUGGCCCCAAUCCAGGUCAUCCUGAUUGGAGCAUUGGAGGCGAGUAUGGAGCUGACAUUGGCGAUGACUGGGGAGAACAGUUUCCUGCUCUGGGUGCCCCUACACACCUUGUGGCCACGGGUGUUUCGUGCAGCUUGGAUUUUCUUUCAUCGCUUCAGCACUGAGGAGUGUGUCGUGCAGAAAGAUGGCCGGCAUCGUGAUCACGAGGUGAUGCGCGUGGCCCGAGCACAUGAGGUCCUGAAAUCCCGUGCUGGCGCCUUGCUGGACGAAGCGGUGGCACUGGAGGAUGACUUUGCCAUGGUCGGGGACCGGAUUGCGUGGCGCCGCAAGGACAUCGAGCGCGCCGCAGCCCGCGGCCGUGCGAGCGUGCGCAGUGCCUUCGCGCGGGUGCGCGCGCAACUCAAUGAACGUGAAGCGGAGCUGUUGGAGUCCUUGGACGCCUACGAGACGGGCUCCUUGUCAAGCCUUGACACUGGACACACGGAGUACGGUGUGCGGCUGACCGAGCUCCGUCGGCUUCAGGAGAACCUCCGUGCUCGUUGCCGGAACGACGGCGAUGCGGUGGAGGCAUUGAACACCUACUCCGCAGCCAAGGCGGCGAUCGCCAGCUGGCGCGAGGCCUUCCGCCAGGAGGAGUUCAAUGCCGCACCUCCCGAUGAGUUUGUUGGCCUGGCCGGCAGUGCACGAGCGGAGCUGGACGUGCAUGCCGAGGGCUUGGCGAGCCUGGAGGAGGCCGUCGCCAGUUUGUGCGAGCGUGGCGUGGAAGAUCGGGCCAAGGCCUCGACGGCUUCCAGUGCCUAUGGGAGGCCCCCCCCCAGCGCGCCAGCGGCUCCUGGGCCUCCGACCUUUUCGCUGCGGAAUGGCGGGCAUUUUCCUGAGCGCAGAUAG